AUGCCAUCCUCGUCCAACACCACCCCUCAAUCACCACAGUCCACCCAACAAUAUGAAUCCAUUCUGGCACAGGCCGAACAAAUCAUUCAGAAACGUUUUCUUACGCCCUAUCAAGAAAAACUCAAUCAAUUAUUAGGUGAUCGAGGAGGUGCUUUGAAUCAUCACUCUUCCAACAAUUCUUCUUCAUCGGGUAUUUCAAUACCCAAUUCUACAUCCACAACGGUUUCUGCUGGUACACUUCCUCCACUCCAAUUAACAGUGAAUUGGACAAGUAUUCGAGAAUUGAUCACUUGUCAUGGAUUGGCAGUGGCUGAGAAUGCGAUUCAAAUGUUGCAAGAGCCUUCGCUCUAUGAGAACAUGAGAAAGGGAGUCAUGAGAUUCAUUUCCGAAGAUAAAUUACAGAGAACGAUUUUUAAUGAUCAAGUGGAUGUGAUUUGUAUUGACUUCUUUGCUGGUGAACCAAAAACGGAUGAAACCGAAGCAACACAAGGAGAAGAGACCAUGGUAGGACUUUCCGAUGAACAAGAAGGUCAUCUCCUCUACAUGAUCAAUGCCAGCACUCAAGAAAUUCUCGGCUCCAAUGCAUUUUAUGAACAAAUUGAUGAAAGUUUUGAGGAAUUACUAGAGACUCAUCAUCAAAUUUUGGAGCAAGAAGAAAAAUCUUCGAAAAAAGCUCUCAAUUCUCAAUCCAUGUUUAAUAUGAAAUCACAUGUAACUACUACGACAUCCACAACGCCAACUUCCACCAAUAACGAACUUUCAGCAACCAAAUCAUCCAGUGCAUUAUCACACACUUCUUCACAAUUGACACGAGGAUCGAGUGUCGUAUUGAGCUCGAGUCCAACUUCUCAACAGAGAUCGGCAUUAUCGAGACAAACAUUCAUGACAUCACCAAGUGCUUCACCCAUGUCUCCAGGAGGAAAUGAAAUGAGUAAUGCUGGUAGUAGUGGUGGCGGUGUCAUUACUAAACCCAAACCACUCCGUAGAAUGUCCUAUAUUUAUGAUGAGAAACAUUUGGAUGACGAUGAUUUGAUUGGAGCUUCAAGUUCCAUGACGAACAUGAAUCGAGAUGUCAUGUCCAACGAUUCCGAUUUGGAUAAAAUUGAACAAUUGAGACGAGUGUGCCUACAUCCACACAUUUGGGAAAAGAGAGACAUUUCCAAAAUGCUUCGAAUGCUUCAAAAUGAAGAUCUUCGUUAUUGGAAACCCAACUCGGAACAAGCCAUCAUGAUUGAAAAAUGUGUGGAACAAUUAGAAUUACGAUUCAAAAAGUUCUCGACUCCCGAAAAGAUUAUCAAAGCUUGGAUGAUCACAAAAAUCAAUCGAAAGAGUUUGAAACAGGAACGAGUGUUUGUCUUGACCGAUUCUAAGUUUUACACCAUGAAAUUCUCCAAAGACAUUGACGAGAAACACAUCAAAAUGUAUCCCUUACAUGCUGUGGCCAUGAUGGACUGUGCACGAUUUAUGCCCAACAAGGAUAAGAAGAAGAAACCCUAUGGACUUGCUAUUUAUAUGGAUGAGGAGAAGGUUUCAUCGGGUUCCAAGGUCGCUGCUGACGAUGACGAACAGGGUGGUAGUCAUAGCCACCACACUACCAAUGGUGUCAAUGGAGGCGAUUCAGAUGGUUCAGCCCUCACCAUGGAAGAUAAAAAGAAGAAGAAGAAUCUCUCACAGAAAGUGUUGGGAAAGCUUCGAAAGGAAAAAACCUUACAAACCAAUGACACCUUCUUGGAUGACGACUCGGACAACUCUUCAGAUUCUCUCCGUCGUGGCACCAUUGUCGAAGAAGUGAGUAUUGAGGAGAAAUCUCAGACCCGACCUGAAACGAAUAAUCUCGUGGCUCAAUACUUUAUGUCAUGCAGUACGGUGCAUCAGAGUGAAGACCAGAGAGAUUUCCUGAUGGAAAUUGCAUGGACCUUAUUCGCUGCAUGCAGUGCAUUGAAAGGAGAGCGACAACUUGUGCCCUUCACUCAACAACAAAUUAAGAGGCCUAAGAAGGAUUUGGUUGGAACCUAUCUGUACAAUAAGCUCAAUAUUGGUAUGAAAAAGUAA